UGAAUAGUGUUACAGGAAGGAAGCUGCAGGUGGUUGUUGCAGCUGCAAGUCCAGAGCCAGGCAGACCUUUGAAACCGGGCAGCCGGACUUGUUUUGAAGACGCCAGACGUUUUGCCUGCCCUUGGGUAGUGACUGAGGUGAACAAGAUGGCCGAUACCCAGCUAAAUAAUGGAGAAGGGGACGUCGGUCUCUGGGCAUCACACAACAGGAUGGUGCUCGAGCCUCUUGAGACAAACGAUCCAGAGGUUUAUGAAAUAAUCCGCAAAGAGAAACACAGGCAGCAGUACGGACUGGAGCUCAUCGCCUCGGAGAACUUCGCGAGCUGCGCCGUGUUACAGGCACUCGGCUCGUGCAUGAAUAACAAAUACUCCGAGGGUUACCCUGGGCAGAGGUAUUACGGCGGGACAGAGCAUGUGGAUGAACUAGAAAGGCUUUGCCAGAAAAGAGCUCUGGAAGCUUACGGCUUGGACCCGCAGAAAUGGGGUGUCAACGUGCAGCCGUAUUCAGGCUCCCCUGCCAAUUUUGCCGUGUACACCGCGCUCGUGGAGCCCCACGGGAGGAUCAUGGGUUUGGACUUGCCGGACGGCGGUCACCUGACCCACGGCUUCAUGACGGAGAAGAAGAAAAUUUCGGCCACCUCCAUCUUUUUCGAGUCCAUGCCGUACAAGGUGAAUCCCGAUACCGGAUACAUCGACUACGACAGACUGGAGGAAAACGCCCGAUUGUUUCAUCCUAAACUGAUUAUUGCUGGCAUUAGCUGCUACUCGCGUAACCUUGACUAUGCACGCAUGCGCAGCAUCGCCAAUGAGAAUGGCGCUGUUCUUAUGGCUGACAUGGCGCACAUCAGCGGGCUGGUUGCAGCUGGUGUGGUUCCCUCUCCCUUCGAACACUGUGACGUGGUUUCCACGACAACGCAUAAAACACUACGUGGCUGCCGGGCCGGCAUGAUCUUUUACCGGAAAGGAGUUCGCAGCGUCGACCCAAAGACCGGGAAGGAAAUACAGUAUAACUUUGAGAGUCUGAUUAACCAAGCGGUGUUCCCCGGUCUCCAGGGCGGCCCCCAUAAUCACGCCAUUGCAGGAGUGGCUGUGGCUCUGAAACAAGCUCUAACCCCAGAGUUCAAACUCUACCAAAAACAAGUUGUCUCCAACUGUCGGGCGCUGGCGGCGGCCCUACAGGAACUCGGCUACCACAUCGUCACAGGGGGCUCUGACAAUCACCUCAUUCUUGUUGACCUCCGGAACAAGAAGACGGAUGGAGGGAGAGCAGAGAAAGUGCUUGAAGCUUGCGCCGUAGCUUGCAACAAGAACACCUGCCCAGGGGACAAGAGCGCUCUGAGGCCUAGUGGCCUCCGGCUUGGAACCCCUGCCUUGACCUCCCGUGGACUGCGAGAAGAAGACUUUAAGAAGGUCGCACACUUCGUUCACAGAGGCAUUGAGCUUACACUGGAAAUUCAGAACGAUCAGAAUCCUAAAGCCACGCUGAAGGAAUUUAAGGAGAAAUUGGCUUCUGAUGACAAAUACAGAGAGAAAAUCUCAUCGCUGAAGGAAGAGGUGGAGCAGUUUGCCGGCUUGUUCCCUAUUCCCGGCCUGCAAGACCUUUGAUUUUAGGUUCAAUUUCACAUGAAGGUAUUCAGUUUUUCCACAAAGCAAUAAUUAAGGCAAAUCGUUUUUCUUAACCCUGGUGCUGAAGCGCUGGCUCUCUCCAAGAACUCAUGAAGAUCUUAACCAAUAUGAACUAAUUUUACUUAUACUGAUGACAUCACUGCUGACACCGUAACCCAUAGCCCUGCCUCAUCAUGCUGGGAGUUGGCUGUAGCUGCUCUGGAUACAUUUUUAAAGACUUAUUUUUAUAGAGAAACCUUUUAAUUAUUAAUUGGCUGUUCUAGACCCUUUUUUCUAUCUCUAAUCCUAGGCUAGAAGGCGCAGAGAAUUACUGAUACCGUGCAGCUGGCGUUUAAUAUUACAAAAUAUAUUUGAAACGGUUAAUAUUUGAAUUAAGUUCAAUUCUUUGCUCUGAGCGGGACUGUAUGGAACGAUUAGCUGUGCUUAUGUGAUUUAUCUCCUUCGAGGGGGGAAUGCUGGAUCAGCAUGAUAGGAGGUGCAGCAGGAACUUGGCCAAGGGUAAGCGCAUGGCAACCGGUUUAAUGACAAACUUUUAUUUUUCGUUAAUAAAACGGCACAGUCUGAGGCGAAAACAUUCUUUUAUUGUGAAUGGCUUCCCGGUGGACACGGUUAGCCCGCGCACGCUCUGGGUUCAUGCAGCACGGCGCACUGGCUCUAUACCCUAGAGAACGGACUCACACAUGCAUUUUCCUUUGCUCUGGCUCCUCCCCCCCCCAAGUGCCCAGGUGAGGGGGCAUUUAUCAAUCAAAUAGUCUCAAGGAAGGAGUAACAAGCCCCAUCCUCCCCACAUAACGGAUCGCGGAUUCAAAACAGGUUUCCAGCAACAUUUAUCAUCGGCACCAUCACAUUUAAAUGGCUCGGAACAAAAACAUGGAGAUCUUUUACAAACUGGGAGACGAUUCCUUUUUUCCAUGCCUAUAAAAGUAGUUUCACAGCUGUACAAAAUAUCAAUAAAUAAUAUAACAAUGGGUUAAAUAAAGUGAGAUGCUUUAAAA